UGGAUGCGUGUGCAGUGCCCGCAAUGGGAUGCCGUGGCCCGUCGUGGGAUUUUACCCCUUUGGAGAAUCCCGAGUAACGGGCCAUCUGAAUUUCAUUCCUUCGGGCUCAACCUUUUAUAUUGAUAAUCCUCCACCCGGAAGCCGAUGUGGGACUACUUUUAUUAAAAUAAUCUACCCGACACCCGCAAAUCCCAUAAUUAUUUCUCACAAAGUCACACCAAUUUUCUCUUCCGACCCUGCUUCUUUUCGUCUCUUAAAACAGUCGAGCAGUUUCUUACAAGUCGAAAAGCUGAAUCUCUGCUGCCUUCAGGUCACUGGUAAGCCGUAACCCUUUUCCUCUCAUUCGUUUCCUUCUCGUUUUCUUUUCCAUUUGGGGUAUUUUUUUUUUUUUACUUUGGGGGAACAUUUCAAAACUUUGACGCCUUAACACGUUUUAAUAGUUUAUAUGAUCAAGAUGUUAACUUUAUCAUCUGGGUCAGAAUGAGAUUGGGUUAAUACGUGGGUUUGAUUUUGAAAAUGGAUUAAGAUUAUGUUAUCCUAUCGAUUUCGGUCAUACGUCGCAUAAAAGACCUGUGAUCACCCGUUUGUCGGUGGUUAUGGUUGGUGAGAAGAUUGUGUGGAAGUACUGCAAGAAAUGGUUGUUAAGUUUGAUGUUUUUGCAUUUUAUGGACUCUUAGAAACUCUUUGUUAAUGGAUAAGAAGUAAUCAAUCAGCUUUACUUAGAGAGAAUAUAUGUCUUUAGCCGCGCUCUCGAAUUCUUCAUCCCCAAAUCCAAUUUUGCAAUUUUGGAGUAUCCAUUUGGGGGGGUUUUUGCAAAUUGCAGCCUAUGAAGGAAUUGUAGUUCAAUUUUAUUUUUGUUAUUUUCCUACUGUUAUUUUGAUGAUCAUGGGAGAAAGCUAAUAAGGUGUGCAUAACUGUUUUUUUUUUUGGGUUUGGUCCCUUGGAUUAAUUGAAUGGUGGGAUUCUACCAUUUUACUUGGUGAAGAAAAAUGAUGGAUUGUGAUAAGAGGGGUGAUUUGAUCAGUGAUCUGCCUCAAAGCAUCUUGGAAAUUAUCCUUACGAAGCUUCCAAUCAGAGAUGCUGUCAGGACGAGCGCACUGUCAAGCAAAUGGAGGUACAAGUGGACUACCAUCACAAAUCUCGUAUUCAAUGACAAAUGUGUGUCCUCUUGCUAUGAUAGAGGAAAGUCGGUGCAAAUUCUAGUGAAUUUCAUCACACGGUUUCUUUUUCUUCAUCACGGGCCUAUUCACGAGUUCUCUGUGUCUACUUCGUUUCUGGAAAGUUGCCCUAGUAUAGAUCAGUGGCUUCUUUUCCUUUCAAGGAAGGGUGUCAGGAAGUUGUGUAUUGAACUAAGCGAAGGUGAGUGGUUCAGGGCACCUUCUUGCCUAUUUACCUAUUCGAAGUUAACUCAUUUGGAGCUACUUCGGUGUGAAUUGGUCCCUCCCCCAGAAUUUAAGGGCUUCCCGUGUUUGAAAUGUCUUAAUCUCCAACAAGUUCUUAUGCCCCCAGAUGACAUUGAAAUUUUCAUUUCUAGUUGCCCACUUCUUGAGAGUUUGACAUUAUCAUAUUUUGAUACUUUGAGGCUCUCUCUUCGUGCUCCAAACCUGAAAUACUUGACCUUGGAAGGAGAGUUUAUGGACAUAUGCCUAGAGAAAACCCCGUGUUUGUCAGCUGUUAAUGUUGCUAUGUACAUGACGGAUGAUAUAGCCGAACAUUUUGAAAACAGUUCAACUUGCAAUUUCAACAAAUUUCUCGGCGGUGUUCCUCAUCUUGAAAGACUGGUUGGACAAAUAUAUUUCACAAAGUAUCUGAGUAUAGGAAUUGACAGGGAAAUCUACCCCAUCAAGUAUAAUCAACUUAAGAUUGUGGAGUUGUAUCAAGUAAAUUUUGAAGACCUGAAUGAAGUACUGGCUGUUCUUCACCUGAUAGUGAGCUCCCCUAACCUAACGGAGCUUCAAAUCUCAGUAAGUAAUGAUGAAUGCGUUUAUAUUUCACACUGCAACUUGCUAUUGUCAAGUUUCAUCUCUUCUUACAUUAACUUCUCCCGUAUCGCUGUAGGGUUCCUCAACUGCAGCAGCAGCCGUGGUAUCUUCUGAUUUGGGUUUUUGGGAGAAAGAGUGCCCAUUGGAUUACAUGUUUGAUCAGCUCAAAACCGUUAAGAUAACUGAGGUGUGCGGUACUCUGCAUGAGAUGGGGUUCCUCAAGUUUAUACUCAACCAUACACCUGUUCUUGAAGUUUUGACUGUUAUCCCCUGUAGUUAUGUUACUGAUGGAAAGUUGAACAUGUUGGUGAAUUUGCUUAGGCUUAGGCGGGCUUCUGCACAAGCUGAAGUCGUGUUUGUUCAAGAACAACUCUAAGUUGUAACCUCUUCGAAUUUGUUCACUGAUAUUUAGAUUUCUUAUAUAUUUGCCAAAAUACUGAACAAGAAAUUUUGGUCAUAAUUCCAGUAUCCAAGUCAAUUUAGUUGAAAGUUCAAACGUUAUCAGC